AUGGCGGCCAGGCUGCUGAGUGCCAUGCUGGGCAUCCUCGGGGUGCUUCGGGUGCAGGUGGACACGUUCAUGGUGGACCUAGACCGACAGAAGAUUGCAGGAUUCUGGCGGGAAGUCGGUGUGGCCUCUGACCAAAACCUGGUGCUGAAGGCCCCCAAGAGGGUGGAGGGUUUGUUCCUCACGCCAAGCGGGAGCAACCUGACCGUCAAGGUCGCGUAUAACAACUCAGGAAGCUGCGAGACAGAAAGUAUGGUCGGCUCAGAAAUAGACGUUGCAGGCAAAUUCACUUUCCCUGGCCACAGGGAGAUCCGCGUGCUGGACACGGACUAUGAGCGCUAUGCCAUCCUGAAGGUGUCCCUGCUCUGGCAAGGCAGGGACUUCCACGUGUUCAAGUAUUUCACCCGGAGCCUUGAGGACGAGGAUGAGCCUGGCUUCUGGAGGUUCCGGCAGUUGACAGCAGACACGGGCCUUUACCUGGUGGCCCGGCAGGGGAGGUGUGCCAAGCUCCUGAAGGAGAGGUUGGGACUGUUACCCCACUUUACAGAUAGAAAAACUGAGGCUCACAGAACCGGGUGCUUUGCCCAAAUCCAGGCUGCAUGGGGCCCCGACCACUGCCCCCCGGAGCCUCCGCAGGCCGCGCAGGUCUGCCGAGCAGGUCUGGCUCUGGUGCCUCUGCCGUGA